UAUCAGAACCAAACAACAACAUAACGUGCGCGCCAUUUUUAUAGCAUACUUUUCGCCGCUCUGGUUCCGUUUCUGUGGCUUUUCGGUCGAUUCAGAUCAGAGAGAUAGGUGUAUGGAUUCCUAUAGAACAAGUUCAAAGCAUUGAAUUAAUAAAGUGGCGUGAUUGCAGCACCUGCCAAAGCAUUUUAAUUUUAAUGGACUAAACAUGUAUUUAAGUCAUAUCUACUUCGGUAUAUACACACGUUUGCAUUAUCUAUGUACAUACUUAUACGCGUAAAGUGAACAGCAAGUGGUCGCAAGGAGCAUCGAGCUACAGAGUACAAAAAUAAAAUAAUAAAAAGGAAAACAAAUGCAAAACAACCGAGGCAGCAAAAGCAAUUCGCAGGAUAUGCAGACACAGCAUUUGUUGCCGUUGUUCUUGUUGUUGUUGUUGUUAUUGUAAAGCAGAUUGCACUCUGGUAAUUAACUAGAUAAGGUCCAAACUAAAACAGACUCAUAAAAUAAAACAAAACAAAACAGAAGGAAAGAGAAUCAAAAACAGAGCAGAGUACAAUUGAGCCAACAAAAUGUUCCACACUAUACAACGCCACAGACAAGCUAUACAAUUAAAGACGAGAACUAUAAACAACCGCACAUACAGCAGUAAUUAAGCGACACACACACACUCACAUAAACAGCUAUAUAUACAUACAAGUAGAGACGCAAACUCAUAGACAUAAGUGAGCCAUAUCCAGGGCUGACUGAUUGGAGAAUUGAAAGAAUGCAUCAGGUACUGAGUUACGAGACGGCGGUGCGGGCGAACAGUUCGCGAGAGUAUCGCGAAUAUGUGUCAAAGCGGACCUGCGCCUCCCUGGUGCUGACGAUUGCCUUCUUCAUGCUCAUAGCCGGCUAUCUGCUUGGAAAUUUUGUGUCCGAGCGCAAGUAUCACAUACGACAAUUGCUGACAAAGAAGGCCAAUAAGGAUGUGGAUGGAGAGGGGGAGGGGGCCGUACAACUGAACAGCGCUGAUUACGCGAGCCUGGAGGAGCUUCGCAGCUAUAAGAAGAGAAAGGACCAGUUGCUGGCUGCCGCACAGGUGCUCAACAAGCUGUUGGAACAGGAGGAGAACUAUUUAGCGACCUCUCUGAACACGGAGAUUUUCAACAAAUACAUAUCCUGCACACAGGACAUACCGCCCAACACCAACAUAGCCGCGAGCCAGUUUAUAGAGCAGCUGAUUGACAACACAGUGGCUCGACAGCGAGACUGCAUGCGCAUCAUUCAGGUGGUGAUUGAUAACCAUCUAGCCAAUAGCCAGCUUUAAGCAUGCCGAUGUGAUAGGACAGGGUAGGGGAAAAUGUGGAAUCAUGAUGGAUUACGCAUCAGAUGAAAACCGAGUGUGAGGUCAUAGAAAUGUGGUUGGUCAUAGCAUCGAAGUCUUCAUUUUUCACUUUCAAUCGACAUAUUAAUGGAGAUGGAACAUGAAAAAUAACAACUUAAUGGGCACUGCUGGUGAGAGUUAAAAAGACACGAACGAGUGUUGGUUUUAGAACCGACUCACUCUAUUAAAGACAUUUAAAAGGGGGA